AUGGGUGUUUUAUCAGGAACAGAAAUCAAAAAAUAUUUGGAUGAAAAAAAACUCAAGGUUGAACCAAAUAAUGAUACUUUUAUUGGAACAGCAAGUAUAGAUUUAACGCUUGGCAAUGAAUUUAGAUAUUUUAUUCAUAGUAACGGUCCAGUGCAAAUUAACAAUUCAGCAAGAGCAAAUGAUUAUCAAAAUUUUUCUAGUCCA